AUGCAUCUUAUAAAUUCUUUCUUAUUGAUUAUCUGUGCUGCUUUUAUGGCUCAAGCUUGCGGUCCAUCAUUAAUGGGUACACAGCAAGGACUGCCAGGAAAGGAUGGACGAGAUGGACCUGUGGGUGAUCCAGGAGAUGUGGGCCCCGUUGGUCCACCAGGAGAUAUUGGAAUGCCAGGAAGACAAGGCCAAGAGGGUGAUCCAGGUCCACCAGGGCCUCGAGGAUUCCCGGGACCAAAAGGUUUACCAGGACUUGUUGGAGUAACUGGGGCAGCUGGAGUAUAA